AUGUCAGAAAUUUCACUCGUCCAUGAUGAGAUUAAAUUGCUGAUAAAUUCAUCCACAUGCCAACUCACCGACGAUAAACAACUUCUCUUCAACAAUAUUUCUAUUAAAAUCAGUGCAUCUAUCAACAGUGAAGAUGAACAAUUGUUGAAUAUUUCUCUCACCAAUAAUGAACAAUUUUCCCUUUCAACAAUUCUCUCCAUUUUCAAUCAUAAUCAAUUCAAUAAUGAAAAGUUGAAAAUUGAUAAGGUUUCUAAAGAGUUUUUUAAUGCCAAGUUUUUGAUCAAGUCCAUUUCUAUACCAAAGAAAAGUUCAACUUACAAGCCAUUCACGAUCAGUAUUGAUUUUGUGAUCGAGGAUUUGUCAUUCCUGUCAAAAAAUCUUCCUGAGCUGUACAAGAAUGAAAAUUUGAAAAAUCUUGAAGCAGAAUUGAAAAUUAAUAGUGCCGAUAGUAUUUCAUGUUCUUUUAGAAAUCCAAUUAGAAACGAAAAAAACAGAUUAGUUUUAAUAGAUCCAGUCCUAGCUCUUAAUACGAAAGUUACAUCUAGUGAAAUUUCAUCCAAAUUUGAUUUGAAUGCUAAAUGCAAACUUAAUUCUGGUAUUCCUACUUUGGAAUCAGUAGAGUUGAGCAAUGUUGAAAUGGAUACUGAUGGAAACGUUUCUGGAAUAAUUGUAAAAUGGGAAAAUGCUCUUGGAAUACCCAAGAUGGUGAUUGAAAAUGCUUUGGUUUCUUUUAAUUAUUCUUCAUUGAGUUUAGAGCUCUUGAUUGAAUGCACUGUUCGUGCUGGAACGCAUGAUUUCAAAUUUAGAGGAAUUCUCAAUGAUGAUAUUCAGGCAUUGGUUGCCACACGUUUGGAUCCAAUAUCAAUCAAAUCAAUUUCUCGUAUUUUUGGUAAAUUGUUCAAUUCGGGGGAGGAAGAGGAGUCAACAGAUGAAAAUAGUGAACUUUUGUUAAAAGAUUUAACAUUUUCCAUCUCAACAACCGAAUGUGCUUUUAAUGGCUUUUCUAUCAAGAAGGGAAUUGUCAUUUCUUGUAAUAUUUCCAUCUUCAAACUCAUAAAAGAGUUGAAAUGUUCUAUUCAAUUCAACCCAACCACACUUUCAUUUCUUGGUUUAGUUCAGUUAAAUCAAGAUGAAGAAUCAAUUAAUGCUCUGAUGCAAAAGCUGAAUUUACCAUCAACUGAUUUAUUCAAGCUGAAGAAAGAAUCACUUACACUCUUCUUCCAAUAUAGCAUUUUGACACCAACUACUAUUGCAAUGGGAAUGGAUUGUAAAAUUCAGUUCGCUGAAACUGGUAUUGUAUUAGUGAGCAAGAUUUAUUUUACUACCAAGUUGGACAAUUUUAUACCUCAAUUUAUGAUUGUUUGUGGGCUGGAUAAUAGUUUGAAUUGUGAAGUUCAGGAAACUCUUCCAACCAUAUUAGCAGAUCCCAAGAAGGAAUCUUCAAUGGUAGUAGCAGCCACUAAUAACUCAUCAGAGAAGAAAGGAAUUUCAAUUCUUUUCAAAGACAAACCAGAAAUUCAGACCCUAAUUCAAAAAGUCGAGAAAUACAUUAGAUUCAAGAGUGGUUAUAUUAUUUUAAGUACUUUGGAUUAUUAUUAUGCAUACGAAACCUCAAGAAAUAAGGACUUACUUUCUAUGAAUUCUAUUGGUGAUCUCAAUUUUGAUAUCAAAUCCAAUACUUUAAAUCUCAUAUUGGUAUUAGAAUCGAAUAACAACAAGUGGUAUGAAAUGAAUGAUCAACUCAAAUAUUCAUUCCAAUUUCUUUAUUUACUGAUAUCAUCAAGAUUGGUAAGAAAAGAUGAUAUGAUAAAUACUGAUGACUAUCAUUAUGUAACAUCCCAAGAAUUUAGUAUUAAUUUUGAUACAAUUUUAAGAAUGGUUAUUGGAAAUGGCAGAAAUAUGUUACAACCUGCUCAAGUUGGUUUGGGUGUUGAGUUCAGAAACUUGAAAUUUCCACUUGGAAGUCGUCUAGCAUUCGUACCAAUGUCAUUUGCUCUAUCUUUCUCUCAAAACACAGAAGUUGUGUUACAGGUUGGUGUUGAACUGAUUCCUGUAAAUGUAUUCGAAAGAGUUUUGAAUAUUCUAAACGAAUCAAUAGAAAAAGUAUUGGAUAUCGCACAAGAUAAGAAAAUUACUGUCAAGAUAGAUGAAAAGCCAUCGCCAUUACUAUUUUCCCUUGAAGGAAUCAUCAGCACGACUGAUGUCCAAUUGACUGGAAGAAUGCAAGGAGAUUGGAAACAUCCUUUUGGGUUGAAAUGGCUCACUGCUAUCAGUGAUUGUGAACUUGGAGUAGACAUCAAUUAUGCAACGAUUGCAACAACAGGCCUGCCUUCUGGAGCUUCUAUUCGGUGUAAUGCAACUUUGGUAAAUGACAAAAAGUGCGGAAUGUACCUCUCGAUUAAUGAGAAUAUUGUGGACGAUUUCAUUAUAUUAUACUUGGAAAACUUAGGAUUCAAAGAUAUUGUGCAAUUGACCGAACUAAUGAUUAAUGUCAAGUUUAGUUCAAUUAAGGAAGAAUACGAAUACAUUAGAAUUGUGAAGGCAGGCAUUGGACUUUCUGCAAAGACCAUGAUGAUUAGAGACGGCUACACUACUCUAAAUAUUGCUUCAGGUGAUAUGGUUGUCAAACAGAGAAAGAUUCCAAUGGGUAUUACUCUCUUUUCUGAUAUUUUGAUCGAAUUACCAAAUAUCUUGAAUGGUCAAAAAAUUGAAGGAAUAAUUGCCUCAGUUAUUUCUCCGAAAUAUGGAAUUCAAUUGUUUGGCAAGGUUUCUUCAUUCAAUUUGUGGGAUGGAAACAUUGUUGUUAGUGGAUUUAAUAUUGACAAGAAGUUACAACAAAAAUUGAUUGUUGUUGAAAAUAAGAGUUUGAAGAAGGAAGAAUCUGAAAAGGAUAAAGUUGAUUUCAAACUAAUCCAGGAUUUAUUUCCAUCAUCUACUUCUGAGAGUGGUGAGAAGAAUAGCAAACUAAUUUCAAUUGAAAAUUGCCCUGAAAUUUACCUCAAAUUUAUUCCAAAUAAUUUUGAAUUACCAGAAUUUAAGGUUUCUGGUAUGAUUGAGUUUUUGGACAUGUUCAAAUUUGGAGCUGAAGUUAUGUUUAAACCUAGUUCAGGAGAGUGUUCUUUUGGUGCCGAAAUUGAACUUGCAGAAGGAAUUAGUGUACAAUUCAAAUUUUCACAAACUGCUACAGGUCCAAAAAUUAAAGGAAAAGUUAAAGGACUUGAGAAAUUGGCAUUCCUCAUCAAACAUGCCAUUGAAAGUUUCAAAGCAGCAGGAAAGAAGAAGGAAGAGCCAAUUCCAACUUCUUCCAAUGAACAAAUUGAAAAAGAAAUUGAAAAAGAAGAGUCAACCCUGAGAAAAUGUUUGGCAUUCAUCAAGGAUAAGCUUCAUGCUGAAGUUGAGUUGAAAAAAGCCCAAAAGGAAUUGAACACUGCCAAGAGAAACUAUUCGAAUAGUAUCAAGAAGGAAUUAUCUAAAAUGGGAAAUGAGAUUUUGAAUAUCACCAACAAUAUAGCAGAAACUGGAAAGGAUGUUUACGAAAGAUUAGGAAAUAUUAUUGAGAAGAAUGUUUUAAAUAAGUGCAUUGAUGAAUUCAAUAAGAAACAAGAAAAUUACGAAGAGUGCAUUCAUGACAUUCAAAAAGCAAUUGAAAACUUUAAGAAUAUUCUAUUGAAUGAUUAUUGUAAAAAGAAUAAUCAACUCAUGAAGAGCAUGAAUACUAUUGAAGAAAUCAGAAAGAGUGUUUCAAAGAAAUUAUCUACACUAUCUCAUCAAACUCGUGAAUCUCUAUGCUCAGGAGCUGUCUACCUCAUUUCCUUAUUGGAAGUUAGAUUUGAAAUUACAAAUGUUGACUUUUUAAUUAUCGAUCAUGUAUUGGCUCUCAAGAUUGACUAUCACAUGGGAAGAGAUUCCACAGAAAAAUCAAUCAUUCUCAAGAAUGUCAACCUAAGAAAGUUGAAAUCAAUAGUUACUGACAUUGCCUAUCACAUUAUCGACACCUCCUCUCCAAACACCUCUUCAAUUGACAAACAAGAACCACAAACAAUUACAGCUGAUAACAAACAAGAACAAGAAAACACUCCAACAAGCCAACCAAAUAGAAGAAAAUUUGGUUGUUCCUGUUUCAGAUAAAUUUUAAUUUCCUCUGAU